AUUACAGCGAAAACUUCGACAUACAUUCCGAACUUGCUUUCGCAAAAGUUACCUGUGCCAGUGUACCCCAAAAAAAAAAAAAAUGUCAGUGCCUUUCUCGAACACUCACCUGCGCGUCCCGAGAGGAUUUGGUGCUCUCCUGGAGGGACUGUCAAGAGAAGUCCUGCGAGACCAGCCUGAAAACAUUCCUAAAUAUGCGGCAGAGUACUUCGAUGAUCUUCUAAGACAAAGAGAAGAAAGUCGAAUAGACCCUGCGGAGUGGGCUGCAAAUCUGGAAGAUAGAUUCUACAACAACCAUGCAUUCAAGGCCACUGGGGCCAGUCUAGAGAAAGGACCAGAGGUGACCCUUUCCAAAGAGCUAUCAUAUGAGUCUCAAACUGAAGAUGAAUCAAGUCAUUCAGCAGAUGUUUCACUUCUUUCCAUCACACAACCCAACGUCUCUAAAGAGACUGGCUCGACUGAAAAUACAGAAGAAGAAGAAUAUGAUAUUGCAGAGAAAGACGUGAUUUCAACAGCAAAAGAAGAGGAAUCAGUCAACAGGCUCCUAGCUGAAGACAUACAGCGAGAUGAACUGAGUAGGCUAGAGGAGGAGGAGGCCCCAACAAUAACCACAUUUGAUAAAGUUGACAGGGCAGCUGACGAACAAGGUAGCAGCUCUCUUCUAGACCAAGAUACACAUCAGUCUGAGUUAAAUCCCCCGGACUUGUUAGCUGUCAGAGGGAUUUCAGAUGUAGAUGUUUGUGCUAAGGAGUUAGGAAUAGCAGAAGAUGGGCGAGGUGAUAAAAACAAAACUGCAGUUGCAGUUGAGGAUAGGAAAACUGGAGAUUUAGAAGUAGAGGAAAACGCUGAGGUUGAACAUUCAGUGGAGGUUUUUCCAUAUUCAGGGUUAGCUGAUGUGGAUGUGUGUGCUACAGAGCUUAAAGAAACAGGCAGAACAAUGGAAGGAGACAAUACACAUUUUGUUGAAGAAGUAAGCUCAAUAUCCAAGCCGGAGAGAACUGUUGAACGUUCAUUGUCUGAACCUGAAGGGCCUGAGGGCAAUCAAGAAAACGCAGAAGAUCAAGCAGAAAUAGCUGAAGAGGAAGGAGGAUAUACUGAGGAUUCUUCUGGGGAAAUACAUGAAAGUUCAGCUCAUAUAGAGGGGGGUUUAGACAGUCAUACCUCACCAACGGUGGAUUCCUUGGUUGAGAUAAGCUUUGAAGAUGUUCCAGAAGCUCAACAGACUAAAGAGGACGGGGAGAAAAACCCCCAGGAAGAGGAUUCAAUAGAGGCCUUACAGACUAAAAUAUUAGAAAUGCAACAUGAGGAAGAUUGUGAGGUUACUGCUGUGGUAACAGACCAAAAUAUACCUGCUGCACUGGGCCAUGGAGAACCGGAGAUGGUUGGAACUGAAAUGGCAGUUCAUUCUGAGGAAGAGGUAAUAGAAAGUCAGCAUGAGACAUCUGAUAAAAUAGAGAAGGAGCAAGGGAACACAAACGACACCAAUUUAAAUGAAAGUGACGAUGACAAGGAUGGAGAAAGUGGUAAAAACAUCUUACCACAUCAGCUAACCCCAGAGGGGGAUGAAGAGAACCUCAAGGGUGAAACCGAUCAUAAAAAUGAAGAUAAUGAGCAGAUAAGUGAAGGUGAAUUUCACAAGAAUGAGGAGUCUGGGAAAGAUGCGGAGAGGUCACAUGACCUUGUUGUUGAAGAAGAUGAGACUAGAGUUAUUCUUGGUGAGGGCAAAGAGGACAUACAAACAGGGGGUUACAGUAAAGUGGCGGAGAACAUUAACGACAGAAGUGUGGAAAAUCUAUCAUUACAAGUGAGACAGUCAAAUACAUCAUCUCCUGCACUCGAGACGGAGAGUAAAACUUUAGAAGUGAGUGCUCAACUUUUACAUGAGGGGAACAAGGAGAGUCAGAGAACACUUGUAGAGCCCCAGCAAGAGGAUACAGCGGAAGAAAAAGAGGUCACAUUAAAAGAGGAAGCAUCACACACGGAGGAACUUGAAGAAGAAGGAAAGAUGGAUGCUUGUGUAGAAGAGAAGAGUGAUGCGAUGCGUAAAGAGGGAAGAAUCAGCCCUAUACAAAGUGCAGAACGGCUACCUGAUGACCAGCAAGGAGAGAAAAGGCUGAUUGGGUCUGAAAAGGACGCUACAGAGCCUGAAGGCAACAGUAGUGACAAGGAGGAGUGCAGCCGGCCCCAGGAGGAGGAGGACAUCAUGGACAUCCCCCUGGAUGACCCCGAGGCUAACAGAGCAGCUGCAAAGAUCCAGGCCGGCUUCCGUGGCCACAUGACCCGUAAGAAGAUGAAGCCGGAGGACAAAACAGAGGGGGAGGAGGUGAGCAGCACUGGGGAUGUGCUCAACUGCAGCCAGGGGGACACAGAGGCAGGAGGAUCGGGCGCAGUAGAGAGGGACGACACAUCUGUGCCAGAGCAGUGACGUCCCCUGUCCUGACCUGGAAGAAAGAAGAGACAAGUUGGAAGCAAGGUUGUGAGAUACGGCUGGCUUUAGCUGGCUGGGCUGGCUUUCAGGCACACCUUUUUACCACAGGAAUCAAUUUAUUUUCUGUUUGUUUUUUUUUCCUCAAUACAAUUUAGCAGUAGAAAAUGAAGCGACAGUUUUGAGGGUGUGUUUCGUGUGAAAUUUUGUGAACUUUUAACACUCUCUCUGCGUCUCUGCCUCUCCAGCAGUCUCAUCAGUAAGGAUGUCUUUGACCCAGAAUUUGCAACUCACUGCAUGUUCUUGUGAAACUUCUGGUAGUGUGCUAGUUUUUAGAUGAUGAUCUGUGAAUGUGAAAAUGAAUGUCCUCAUAAUGCUAAACAGGGCUUAUUUUGGAUUGAACUGUUCAUACCAUCUGUGUAUAAAUCUUGUUUGCAUCAGUGUUACACUAAUAGUGGCUUAAAUGAUUUGUUGUUUUCGCAGUGUUCUCGGAUGUGCUUGUAUCUUGACCGUUAUGAAACCUAUUUGACUUGCUUACAAAAGUGAUUAAAACUAUAAAAGGGAUGUAGCUUUGUAUGUUCUAUUUAUUCUUUUUAACUUCAUUCAGAUUAGAACUGCUUUGAUUUUCUUUGUGAUCACACGAUGAGUUUAAUUUUUUCAAUCAUUUUCUAUAAAUCUGAUCUUCCACAACAGUAAGCAUGCAGUAAUACAGUAAUACACCUUUUCUUUUUCAUCCCAGAUGCAUUUGGUAAAGCUUUGCCUUGCAAGGCAUUGGUUCAGUAUGCUCUGUUGUUGUGUUGGUGGGUUUGACUUUCGAAAUCAGGUGUGUGAAAAUCCAUUGUCAAAGUUUGCAGAGUCGUCAUGCUUUAAAACUGAUGGAGUAGUACAUUGCUGGACUUUGCUGUAGAAUCAUUGCAUUAAUAAAUCCACCUUAUGCUGAAA